CGGGAGUUGUCGCUGAGAGGGGGCCGCUCGCGUCUCGCUACUGCGGCGUUCGUGGUGGUGGUGGUGGUGCGGGUGUGGAGCGGGGGAGAGCGCCGCCGCAGCCGCCGCCGCAGCCGUUUCUCGUCGGGCGAACCAACGCGAAGCCAAGAUGGGGCGGCGCUCGACGAGCUCCACGAAGAGCGGGAAAUUCAUGAACCCCACGGACCAAGCGCGCAAGGAAGCAAGAAAGAGAGAACUUAAAAAGAACAAAAAGCAGCGCAUGAUGGUGCGGACAGCGGUGCUGAAGAUGAAAGAUCCCAAACAGAUAUUGAGGGACAUGGAGAAACUUGAUGAACUUGAAUUUAGUGCCAUACAGACACCCAUCUUGAAUGAAAAGGUUUUGAGAGACAAGCGUAAGAAACUUCAGGAGACGUUGGACCGAAUCCUUCACCUCUAUGAGAAAGACAACCCCGAUCAGUACAAGGACCUACGCUCCGCUGAGAUUGAGUACAAUCAGAAGCGCCUGCAGAUGUGCAAUUACUACGAAGCUGUCAAGAAUGCCCAACACGUGGAGAUAGAGAGCAUCCCACUGCCCGAGAUGCCGCACGCGCCCUCCAACAUCACAUCCAUCCAAGACAUCCCCCUGCCAGGCGCGCAGCCACCCUCCAUCCUCAAGAAGCCUUCCGCCUUCAGUGCGACCAAGGUGGGCCCUGGCGCAGGUGUGAUUCGGCUCCCGCUGGGCAGGAGGCCCCCAGGACCUCCCCCUGGGCCACCCCCUCCCCAGGUUCUAAUGCAAGCAGGCCUGCUGUCUGGGCCUCGUGCGGCCCCUGUGCAGCCAGCUGCUCCCUCGCAGGAAAAUGAGGAUGAUGAGGAAGACGACGAUGAGGAGAUAUACGACCCUGAGGCUGCCGUUCCAGAGCUGGACGAUGAGGACCUCAAGGACCCAAACCUGCAUGAGGGGCUGGACGCAGACGGCAGCGAGGACACGGACAACGACUCGAGCGAUGACGACGACGAUGACGAGGACGACGAUGAUGACGAUGAUGACGUGGAUGAGAAGCGCAAAGAAAAGGAUGAAGAAGAACAUGACAAAAUGUUGCACCAGGAAAAAACAUCACACCAGGAUAAAACAUCACACCAGGACAAAACAUCACACCAGGACACCGCCGAGCGGUCCGGGCGGUCGGUGCGCUUCGCCGAUGCUCCAGAGGAGCCUCCAAAACCCAUCGUCAAGAAGAAGAAAAAGACUAAAGAGGGCGGCCUCACUCCGCUGCAGGCCAUGAUGUUAAGGAUGGCUGGUCAAGAGGUACCAGGCAUCGAAGAGGAAGACGAUGACGAUGAUAAUGAUGAUGAUGAAGACAUGGAGGCUGAGCAAGAGGAGAAAAAGAAAGACACGGAUGACAGGAUGGGCAGGGAGCAGCUAAAGACAGGGCCGAUGCCUCCUCCUCCACCACCGGGCAUUGGGACGAAACAUCCCUCAGCUCCCCCACAGAUGCCACAUGGACGCAUGCUGCCUCCGCCUUCCCAGCAGCCACAACCACCUCCCCACAUGAUGAUGCACCCUCAGGGACCCCCACCCCUCGUGCCCCCUGGCCCACCUCUAAUGAGGCCCCCUGGUCCCCCCUCUGGCCCUCCACCUGGGCCGCCUCCAGGUGUUCCUCCAUUCAUGCGUCCGCCAGGGAUGCCUGGCAUGCGGGGGCCUCUGCCCCCUCGCAUGCUGCCACCAGGACCUCCGACCGGCCGCCCUCCAGGGCCACCCCCUGGUCUGCCCCCCGGUCCCCCUCCCCGGGGACCCCCACCCCGCCUCAUGCCACCUGCAAUCCCAGGGAUGCUUCCUCCACGCCCGGGCAUGAUGCGCCCACUGUCCAUGGCCCCCCCGCUGGGGCCUCCUGGAGUUUUCCCCCCUCCUGGUCAGCCAGGCGGUCUUCCCAAUCCUGGAGUGCUCAGUGCCCCUCCGAGCCUCAUUCAGCGGCCAAAACCGGAUGAGUCGGGUGGCCCUGGAGUGCCCAGUAUCGCGGUGCAGCAGCAGCAGCAGCAGCAACAGCAACAAAGUCAACAGCAAAAGCAGCAGCAGCCACUCGCUGGUGCCACCAUCGAGAAGAAAGCGACAGCGGGCGCUACAAUCAGCGCCAAGCCACAGAUCACCAACCCCAAAGCCGACGUGACCCGGUUCAUGCCCACUUCGCUGCGCGUCAAGCGAGAGGCCAAGGGCAGGGGCGCCCAGCGGCGGGCGGAUGAGGACAUAGCCCAGCGGCCCCUGCAGAAAUCCAGCGUGACCUCUGUAUCUACAGCCACCAUGGCCACCAAGGAUGACAUGUACGAGUCUUUCAUGAAGGAAAUGGAGGGCCUGCUGUAGAAAAUGCGUUUUUGUAUGUUAUUUUGUUUAAAAAAAAUCUGUUUUAACAUAAACUCCACUCGAGAGGAAAGCAGCCCCACUGAAUUACAUUUUGCAUUGUGUGGUAUGUACAAUUUACUGUUUCUUGGCCAUUAAACAAUUCCUUUUGAAGUA